UAUACAGCAAACUCAAGCCCGGUUCUCUCUCCUUAAACCCUCUCUCUCUCUAAAACCCUGUCUCUCUCCCUCUUCACAAGAAUCUAAAGCCCACCCCGUAAAUUCGCCGACUAAUCAAUUUCAACGCAAUCGUCAUUCAGGUUUCAUCAUUUCUGAUCGUCAAAUGUCUAGAUUAUCGAAGCUAAAUGCGUCGAACCCGAAAGUUUGGUUGGUGAUCGGUGUGGGCCUUGCCGGAGUUUUAAUCCUCGCUGAGGUCCAACGCCGUCGGAUCACAGCCAAGAACAACUUGAAAGAAGAUUUUGGUGCUUUUAUCGAACGUUUUGAACUUCUUCCAUCUCCUCAGCCUCCUCCGCCCGCCGCUCGCCUGCCGCUCUCCGGCCUCAACUUUGCCGUUAAUGACAACUUUGAUAUAAAGGGCUACAUAACGGGAUAUGGAAGUGCAGAUUGGAAGAGGACACAUGUGGCAGCAGGGAAAACUGCUGUAGUGGUGACAACAUUGCUAAGGAGUGGAGCUGCUUGCUUGGGCAAGACAGUCAUGGAUGAGCUUGGUUUUGGGAUAUUAGGUGAAAAUAAAAACUAUGGAACUCCAAUUAAUCCAGCAAAGCCAUCUCAUGUUCCUGGAGGCUCAUCUAGUGGAUCAGCAGUUGCUGUUGCUGCCCAGAUUGUAGAUUUUGCUCUUGGUACUGAUACAAUUGGUUGUAUAAGAGUACCAGCAUCAUUUUGUGGCAUCCUUGGAUUCAGACCGUCUCAUGGAAUUGUGUCUACAGUUGGUGUGCUGCCAAACUCCCAAAGUUUGGAUACUGUUGGAUGGUUGGCUUCUGAUCCAUCUGUUUUGCAUCGCGUCGGACAUGCUAUACUGAAGUUAAAUCUGUUGGAACCUAAAAGGACGCGACGCAUAAUUAUAGCUGAUGAUCUGUUCCAGCUUUCCAAGGUUCCCUUGCAGAAGACUGUGUAUGUUGUAAGCAAAGCAACAGAGAGGCUAUCUGGCUACCAGACGCCUAAGCAUAUGAAUUUUGGGCAGUACAUUGCUUCAAAUGUUCCCAGCCUAAAAAGUUUCCAUGAAGAAUCGGAGAAACUGCAAAUUGGAACAUCUACUUUGAGAGCACUAUCUUCUGCGAUGCUUUCUCUUCAGAGAUAUGAGUUCAGGACAAAUAAUGAGGAGUGGAUUAAAUCAGCCAAACCCAAAUUAGGUCCUGAUGUCUCCAAUUGUGUGCGGGCAGCAAUAAACGCCACACAAGAGGAUGUCAAAAGCCUAUAUAAAGUUAGAAUGGAAAUGCGGGCUACUGUACAAAGUCUGUUGAAGGAUGAUGGGAUAUUAGUUAUUCCCACAGUGGCUGAUCCUCCACCCAAGCGGAAUUCCAAGAAAGGUCUCCCUGCUGAGUACCUCGACCGAAUGAGUGCUUUGUUGAGCGUUGCAACUAUGUCUGGAGGAUGCCAGGUUGCCAUUCCAUUUGGGAAACAUGACGAGUCUCCAAUUUCUGUCUCAUUUAUUGCAUCACAUGGGAUGGAUAAAUUCCUACUUGAUACUGUCUUGGAUAUGCAUUCUUCUCUCCAAGAAGAAGUCAGCGUUGUUUCCAGUUUCUCUCCAUUGCCAUAUACCAACGGUAACAUGGAUGCUGCUGAACUUCUUAAGGAAAAGGGCAAUGCUGCAUAUAAGGGAAAACAGUGGAAUAAGGCUGUAAGUUAUUAUUCAGAGGCGAUAAAGUUGAAUGAUGCAAAUGCAACUUACUAUUCCAAUCGGGCAGCUGCUUAUUUGGAGUUGGGAUGCUUUCAACAAGCUGAAGAGGAUUGCAGUAGGGCGAUAUCUCUGGAUAAGAAGUAUGUGAAGGCCUACUUAAGACGAGGUACAGCUAGAGAAUCAUUACUUCUCUACAGAGAGGCUCUUCAAGAUUUCAAGCAUGCACUUGUUCUUGAACCGCAGAACAAGGUUGCCAGUCUAGCUGAAAAGAGACUAAGAAAAUUGAUCAGUUGAGUUUUCUGCCCUUAUCUGAUACUUGUUGGUGAAAUAGAACGGAGAUGUGACAUGGAAUACAGAAGAGCUGUUGUCUUAUACACCGAUUCUUUGGGGAAACGUCUGAGAAUUGGAUUAAAUCAAUUCAGCCAUUUGAUUGUAAGAUGUGUAUAUCUAACGGAUUUCAAGAGAAAAUAAGUUUGGAGCUCUGCUUAGUUGUGAGAGGUCAGUCCCAAGUUUUCCUUACGCUAACAGAUGUACGACAUCUGCAAAUAUUUCCUCGGGUUUUAGUCAUGUAGAACACGUUCACUUUCCGGAAUUCUAUCAAGCAUAUCCUCUAGUCCUCAUGUUCUUUUCUAUUGACUUGGGGCUUCAUGAAUUCCCAGCUUGUACAGACGUUUUUAGCCGUUGCUUACACUUGCGCUGUUGCUUUAUCCCUGCUGCUUCAGUGUUUGGAAUAAGUGGCCGAACUUUUAAGGAUUGGACUCUAUUAUCUGA